GCUCUUCGAUGGUGCCCCUCACAAACAUGGCACCUUACGUUGGUGUGCUUUGAUUCUGAGUACGCGUAGAUUCGGGAACGGUUCCUGUCGCUCGCGCCAAUGACGUCGCUGGCACGCUGAGAGGGACGUGGCGGGAGGCUGGAGCUGGACACGUGGGGAUGGAGCCGGCUCGGGGCUUCAGGGCCAGGAGGCGGCUGCGGAGGAGCCGGAGGCUGCAGGCGCAGGGGCUAGAGCCGGCGCCCGAGCGACGCCGGGAGGAGCCUCUGGCUCCGCUGCUCGGCCCCCAGGACGGGCAAGCAGGUGCCCCCGGGGAGCCCGGCCGCGGCGAGACCCUGGGGGUGGCACCGGCCCUGGCCCUGCAGCGGCGGAAUCCGGCCAAGAAGGACAAGGAGGCGCCGGCGGUUCCCAAGGGAAAACCUAAAUCCGGGCGGGUGUGGAAGGAUCCCGGCAAGAAGCGGUUUUCCCAUAUGAUUCAGGACAAGCCCCUCCGCACCUCCUGGGAGCGAAAGAUGAAAGAGCGCCAGGAGAAGAAAAUAGUCAAGGAUUUUGCCCAGCAUCUUCAGGAAGAAAAACAGAGGGCGCGUGAGGAGAAAAAGCAGCGCCGGGAAGAGAACUUGAAACGACGCCUGGAGAACGAGCGGAAGGCAGAGAUCGUACAAGUGAUCCGGAAUCCGCUCAAGCUGAAGCGUGCCAAGAAGAAGCAGCUACGCCGGAUCGAGAAGCGGGAUACGCUGGCAUUACUGCAGAAACGCCAGGCGCAGCGCAAAGAGGCCAAGGAGUGAGGCUGCAGCAGGGAAGGGGAAUAAAGCCUCGGGGCAGCUGAUUCUUUGGGGUCCAUCUGUCCUGACACUGCUUUUCCAGCUAUCCUGCCCACCGCCUCCUUAUGCCUCUGCUGGGGACUCCCCAUCACCUCUCCUCCCUGCUGUGGGCUGAUCAGCCACACUGAGUACACGCUGCUGGCUCACACGCAAGAGCAGGGGGUUAUACAAACCCACAGUCUGCACGGCUGCUCUUAAAUGGAAACCUGCAUAGUCUUCUCUUGCACCAGCGAGGCAGGAUGCUGCAGUCCACGGCGCUGGGAAGUGUCAUAAGCCCCGAUGGGACAGGGAUGAGGUGUCCUCAUACUGCCUGACUUGGGGCAAAAAAAACAAAGACCGUGGCAGCUGAGCCAAUGUGUGAACUAGAGCCCCUGGUGUUAAAGGCCCUGAAUCCUCUUAAGCAGCACACACUCACUUGCUUGUGGAGUUGGUGGGAGCAGGGCUGGAGCAGGGAGCUGCUUCUGGUGUCUGUCUUGGCCUGUGCCUCAAUAAUUUGAUCUUCUGUUAGGAGGAACAACGUGGAAAAAGAUUUGGGUUUGUAGGGACCUGGGUUGUGGGCUGGGUGCUGUGUCUGUUGCUAUCUUAUAUUUUUAAUGGGCUGUUGCCUUGGUCUGCGGUAAAGGACAGAAGUCCCAGCUGCCCAGAGUAGGCCAAGGUUCUCUCCCAUCAAUCUGCCUCUUCCCCAGGUUUGAGGUGGGUGUUCGUCCUUCUUGCCUUAGCCAAUUGUUGGCCUUUCUGCUGAGACUAACAAUGGGAGAGUGGGUUUUUAUUUUGCUGGACUCCCAUUGGAAGUCAGCCUGAGGUGACCCACUAACUCUCUGAAGAGGUUCCUGGCAACAGCUAGGAGAGGAUGAUGAGGGUGGAUUGCUCCCAACCACGUCAUGGCUGUAUGUGAGAAGGGAUUUGUUGAUCCAUGCAGAAAUAUUGCUCUGGCCAAAGAAAUGAAACCGAAAAUACCAGCCAA